CCAGAAAAUCUCCUGCAGAACAGCUACAGCAAUGGCAGCAUUAGUGGUAGUACAACAGGCAGUGAAACGGGUGGUGGAACAAAUUCCAGCAACCAUAUCGAACAAGAUGAUCCGGGGGAUGGUUUGGGUCCGCUGCCACCCAAAUGGGAGACGGCCUACACAGAAAGAGGAGAACUAUAUUUUAUAGAUCACAAUACCGGCACUUCACAUUGGCUGGAUCCCCGAUUAUCGAAAUUCCAAAAGAAAUCUCUGGAAGAAUGUACGGAAGGUGAACUGCCCUAUGGUUGGGAGAAAAUAGAAGAUUCGCUAUAUGGCACCUAUUACAUAGAUCAUGUUAAUCGGAAGACACAAUAUGAAAAUCCCGUCUUGGAGGCGAAGCGACGGGCAGCAGAACAAAAACAAAAUCAACAACAACAGCAGCAGCAUCAACAGGCGGCGGCACAGGCCCAAGCUCAACAUCAACAACAGCAGCAUCAGCAGCAACAACAACAACAUCAAUUACAACGUCCCCAAACCCCUUCCUCGUCGAGUGUUUUAAAUGGCACGGGUGCUAGUAUUGGCCUGAGUUCCGUAUCCUCCGCAUCCACUCUGUCCACCGUGGAUAUAUCACAACGUGCUAUGCAACCACCACCACCGAUGGCCCAAGAACCACCCAACCACAAAGGAAUGUUACCUUACAAAUUUACCCGAAAUCCAGCGGAGAUGCAGGGUAUGCGAAUAACCACAACGUUGUUAAAAUCGGCCCGUGGCUUAGGCAUAACUAUUGUCGGUGGUGACGGUGAUGGUGUCGAGGAAUUUCUACAAAUCAAAUCCAUUGUACCCAAUGGUCCAGCAUGGCUCGAUGGCCAACUGCAAAUGGGUGAUGUCCUGGUCUAUGUCAAUGAUACCUGUGUUUUGGGUUUUAGUCAUCAUGAAAUGGUCAACAUCUUCCAAUCUAUUAUGGUCGGUGAUACGGUCACCUUGGAGGUUUGCCGCGGUUAUCCUCUGCCAUUUGACCCCAAUGACCCGAACACGGAGGUGGUGACGACCAUUGCCGUCGAUGGUCUGAGUAAUGAACCGGAAAAACAACGACGCAUGCUAAUGGAUCUGAAUAUGGAUGGGAAUUAUAACUUCUUGGAUAUAUCGGCGGCAAGCAGUAAUGGAGGUGGUGGUCCUGGAAAUAAACACAAUCUAAGUUCAAGCAGUGGUAGUGGUAGUGCCGGUGGCACUUUGGAUAACAGCGGAUUUAUUCUGAUGAAAAAACCCGAGGUCCAUACAUUCUCGAUUAUCAAAGGAGCCAUGGGUUUCGGCUUCACCAUUGCCGAUUCUUCAUAUGGUCAGAAAGUGAAAAAGAUUUUGGAUCGUUCGUGUUGUCGUGAGCUGCAGGAAGGGGAUAUCCUGCUGGAAAUUAAUGAACAUAUGGUGCGGAAUAAGUCACAUCAAGAUGUGGUGCAAAUUCUGAAGGAAUGUUCGAAAACCGAACCGACAAUUGUAAAAAUACAACGGCCGAUAAAUUCGGUGAGCGCCACUUCGCCCAGUAGCAAUGCGAACAAUGUUUCGAAGUUGCGAAAGAAUUUCCUUGGAGGCACUACGAGUAUUGGCAAUAAUGCUCUGUUCCGUAGUAAAACCCCCACGGCGGAUUUAUAUAGUACCAUGCAAAAGGAAAUAUUGCCAAUACGACCGAAGACUCCUCUGGUCGAUACACGAAGGGCCCGGGUAAAGACACCCAAUAUGGAACUGAAUGAAGAUAAUGAAGUGGCGGAGGUGAAUAAUAAAUCGCAGGACAAUGACUCCUUGGAGAGUUCUUUGGCUGAAAGUAAAUCUCAUCUAAAUGAGGGUAGUAAAUCGCAGAAUUCCCUCUCCGAACUGGAUGCCAUUAAUCAUGAUAUACCACCCUUUAUGGACCCCUAUCCGAAAAUGGUAACCAGCCUGAGUGAGCGUUUGGCCAGCGUAACCAUGCAAAACGAUAAUGGUUUGCAGCAGGUGCAACAACAGCAUGGUCACGGCCAUGGUUUGGGAGGUGGUAUGGCACCUCCAACGGGCUACCUGCGAACCACUGCCUCCGGUGUGGCCAAUUAUGAAAACCAAAGCGAUUAUGUUAGUGGUGGUAGUGGCAACUAUAGCUCGAUUUAUGGCCUCUCACAAAUGCCACCCACCAUGAGCCCACUGAGUGGGGCUUUAUAUGGUCCUUCGGCGGGAAUUUCACCAGGUGGUGGGGGUGGUUUAUUAGCCCCUGGUUCCAACAAUUAUCACCAUCAUCAUGAAUCCUGUUUCUGCUACGAGUGUCAGGAUUUUCGCAGUGGACGCCUCCAGCAAUUACAUUCCUCGGCCCAACAACCCUCACCGCGUAGCUAUUAUCCACCCACAAACUACGUGGGACAACAAGGUAUGCCGCCGCCCAGUCAAUAUUCUCCCGCCUCCUCAGCCAGUCUCCAAGCCGCCCACAUACAAAAUGAACGUAUGCAGAAGCGAGUAAAUGAGCUGUUAAAUGAUCGAAGGCGGGUGGGUUUCUCACCGCUGGAGCAUCAACAUCAUCAUCCACAUAAUACAGGAGUGGGUGUGGCGACGAGUUAUUCUCCCUCAGCACAGCCUCAUUCGACAGUCUCCAACAUGAUGAUGACGGGACAUCAUAAUCAACAACAUAAUAAUUGGGGAAACAGCAAUCCGACGGGUUAUAAUCCAUCGGAGUUUAACCCGCAACAUCACAAUGGUGGUGGUGGCGGCUAUCCCAUAUCAUCGGAUAUUAUAGAUGGUUCAGGGGAACAAUGUGUCCUCUCUGAAGUCACAUUGCAACGUCAAGCAUUGGGUUUUGGUUUUAGAAUUGUUGGUGGCACCGAAGAAGGUUCCCAAGUGACCGUGGGCCACAUUGUACCUGGCGGAGCGGCCGAUAAUGAUCAUCGCAUAACAACAGGGGAUGAGAUCCUGAGCAUUGAUGGUAUUAAUGUGGUUAAUGCCUCACAUCACAAGGUGGUCUCUCUAAUGGGUGAGGCAGCAUUACGUGGUCAGGUGACAAUGAUUUUGCGGAGACGGACGGGCCAUAAUAGGCCGCCACCAAUGCAACAGCAACAACAAACCCCUCUUCAUCAACACUCAGUGCCCUCCCACCAUCAAAUGCCAAUGAUGUCUCCAUUACGUUAUCCCUAUGAUGUGAUUGUGACUCGACACGAAAAUGAGGGCUUCGGUUUUGUGAUUAUAUCAUCGUCCAAUCAAUAUUAUGGGUCGACGAUAGGCAAACUAAUACCCGGCAGCCCUGCCGAUCGUUGUGGUGAGCUAAAGGUUGGCGAUCGCAUAAUAGCCGUUAAUCGCAUUGACAUUGCCGGCAUGUCCCAUGGCGAUGUGGUAAAUCUAAUCAAAGAAUCUGGUCUACAUGUACGCCUGACAAUUGGCUGCCCAAAGGAGGGGGCAAUCAUUAAUGCCGCACCCACAAUGCCAGCUGGUAGCAAUACCACCAGCAUGCCUGGUGGUUUGCUAAUAAAUUCCGCCCAAGCUUCACCGGGUCAGGUGUCACAAACACCACCAGGUGGUGCUCCAACAUUACAAUUGUCCGCCACCAAUAAUGACAACAAUAUUACACCCUAUUUUGAAAGACCGUUACUAAGUGCUGGAUCCAAUAAUGGUUCGACGGCAUCUUCAACGACCCAUAUGUCAUCAGCAGCUCAACAGUCACCAAUUACCACUCUGCCACCACAAUUAUGA